UGUUUUCUCUCAAUGGGCCUCGCUCCACUGCUCACCACAUGCACCAGAGAAAAAAUAUGGCGGUGUACCUUCCCAAGAGUCGUUCCCAAUAUGGGGAGCUCUGCUCUGUUCCUGGUGCUACAGAUGGCGUGGGGCGAGCACGUCGUUUUCGCCGCCGGGGCCUCACAGCCAGCGCCUGUGCCUGGCUCUUGGCCGCACCGAGAUGGCAGUGCAUCCUCGCCACAGCAUUUCACUUUUUCGUUGAUUCCCCUUUGUCGUCGCCCUCUUGGACGCUGGACUGUCAUCCUACAGUUGCCCUCCCCUGCUACCUUAUCACUGGCAGUGUGAUUCUGGAAUCUGGAUCAGCAUUGUCACUUAUAAACAAGGGUUGUUUCCAACCCUGGAGGCACUGUUCUGAUCAUUUAUAUCUGGAAAGUCGAAACCGGAUUCGGCAUCUCGUCAUGGGGUUCAUACGGCGCCGGCCCAUGAGGCUGGUGGCUGCGUCGAAAUUGUCAUGGAUGCCAUUUCGGUCGCUGGUCUUAGCUGCAAGUCUUCGUCCAUGGCUGCUCGUUCUGCUAAUUGUACAUCUGGGCGGUUCGACAAUGGCACUUCGUUCAAUGACAAAGCAGGUUAAUGUGUUUGGUGGAGAGUGGGGGCCAACGUCGAAAGGGUUCAAGACCGCAACAUUUGCCCUUGGCUCCUUCUGGACUGCAGAAGCCGUCUUUGGUUGCUUCCCAGGAGUAAUCCGAACAAGGGUGGGGUACGCUGGUGGGAACAAAGUCAACCCAGAUUAUAACCACAUUGUGGACCAUGCUGAGGCUGUGGAGAUCGACUACGAUCCGAGUGUGAUAAGUUACGAGGAGUUGUUGGACAUCUUCUGGAAGAACCACAAUCCAACGCAGUCAUUUGGCCAAGGGCCAGACGUAGGCAGGCAGUACCGGUCGAUAAUCCUUACACGAGAUGCUGAAGAAGAACAGCUUGCAAAGGAGACGAAAAAGAGUGAGCAGACAAAAUACGUUGCUCGCGACAUCAAGACGGAGAUUAGGCGGUUCGAUGUGUUCUACCCUGCAGAGCCAGUUCACCAGAAGUUCGAGCUGAAACAGCGCCCCCAGCUAAUGCAACUGGUCAGCGACCUGAGCGAAGCGGAGCUGAUGCAGUCCACAAAGGCUGCACAACUCAACGCCUAUGCUGCCGGCCUUUGUCCACACAGGAUUAUGAAGGAAAUCGACUCCAAGGUUCUGCCGCUUCUAGCUCUACUUCGUGGGAUUGGCGCCUCCGUUGUUUAGUGGCGCUGAGGAGGACGUCGGGCUUUUUUCCUUAAAACUGUUUGUCGACUAGUCGCAAACUGGCAUCGAUUCACAUUAUGUGUGCAACAGGCAUGCAUGCUGCUGCAGACAGGGGGACCGAACAGCAGCAGUCUCCGCUAAGGACAGGGCGGAGCUGAGCUACCACGGCCUCGUACAUCUUCUCUGCAUCCUGAAGCGAAGAGCUUCUGAGUGUGCGGAUCAGCUUCUGAGUGCGUGGACCUUGUUGGCUGUUUGUCACUCCACCACCCAUUCCAGUCAAAGAAGUCCAUGCCAGCCAUCACGGCGCCGGCAUUCUCAGUACGUUGCACAGCUUGGUGGCCUGGAAAAAUUACCAAGCAGUUUGUGGUCAUUUUGUC